ACGAGCAAAGCAGUGCGUUUUUCGCUUCAACGUGUUACUUUGGUAUUUUUUUUUUUUUUUUUUUUGACGCGAAGCAUUCAUUUUAAUGUCGGAUUGGCGGAGCAUACCAUGCGUCGAAAGGCACAAAGAAUUUCUCGAGAAUCUUAUCGCGAUCUUGAUCGAUUGCACCUUCGAAAGUGUGUCCCGUGAAAAUCCUGUAUUGAGAUGGAGAGAACCGGGUCAUCUGCAGGAUAUUAUAAAUUUUAAUUUGCAGGAAGAGUCCCGUACUCAGGACAGUCUCCUGGAAAUCGCGACUAAAGUUUUUAAGUACAGCGUUAAGACAGGACAUCCUUAUUUUAUGAAUCAGUUAUUUUCUGGAUUGGACCCGUACGGUUUAGCCGGACAAUGGCUCACCGACGUGUUAAACUGUUCACUCUAUACUUACGAAGUGGCACCGGUUUUGACAUUAAUGGAAAGUACUGUAAUUACAAAAUUAUUAAACAUGUUUUACAAAGAAGAAAAUGGUGCUAGUAUUGGAGAUGGUCUCUUCUGUCCAGGAGGUUCCUUCGCUAAUGGUACCGCAAUAAAUUUGGCACGAUUUUGGUUUAGAAAGAGGAUUCAAAAUAAUAAAACUAUACCAUCUACGAACCUGGUGCUUUUCACAUCUGAAGAUGCGCAUUACUCAGUCUCAAAGUGGGGAAACGUUUGCGAUGUAGAGAUUGUUCUCGUAAAAACUGAUGAGUAUGGCAGAAUGGAUAUUAACGAUUUGAAAGUUAAUAUAUCGGAGGAACAAAAAAAAGGAAAUUAUCCGUUUUGUAUUACUGCUACAGCAGGAACAACGGUUCUGGGUGCGUUCGAUCUUUUGAUUGAGAUUGCGGAUAUUUGUCAAGAAUUCGAUAUGUGGUUGCAUGUAGAUGCAGCCUGGGGAGGCGGUUUGAUAUUUAGUAAGAAGCACAGUGUUCUUUUGAGAGGAAUACAAAGGGCAGAUUCUAUUCUAUUUAAUCCACACAAAUUGCUGGCUGUUCCUCAACAAUGCUCUCUACUUUUAACUAAACACAAGAAUAUUUUUAAAGAAGCACAUUCUAAACAGGCGCCUUAUCUCUUUCAAAAAGACAAAUUUUAUUGUAGAGAUCUAGAUGUGGGGGAUAAGUAUUUGCAAUGCGGGCGUAGACCAGAUGUGUUGAAAUUCUGGUUCAUGUGGCAGGCUAAGGGGACUUCGGGAUUUGAAAAGCAUGUCGAUCAUUUAAUGAGAUUUUCGACUCUUUUCAAAGAAGAAGUUGAGAAAAGAGAUGGCUUUGAAUUAGUGACAGAACCGUGUUUUAUAAAUGUAUGUUUCUGGUUUGUUCCACCAUCUUUAAGAGUACAAAAUACAUUGUAUGAUUACAAGAAACGAUUGAAUGAGGUUGCACCAAAGUUAAAGGAGAAAAUGACCAAAAGGGGUAGUUUAAUGAUCAAUUAUCAACCACUCCAUGAAAAACCAAAUUUCUUCCGGUUUGUUAUUCAGAAUUCAGGCGUGGAUAUGCAAGAUAUUCUUUACGUCUUCGAUGAAUUAGAGAACCUCGGAGAAUCUAUGUGAUAAUCUACAUAUAUAUUAUGCACAUAAGUGAACGUUGUUUUUAAUUUUUAAAUAGUUAUUUAAUUUAUAAAUUCUUGUUUAAUUACAUUACAAACAAUACAAAGAAUAGCGACAUCAAAUUUUCAUUUGCAUCUCAUUUUGCAUUCUAUAAUUCAUUAUCUAUAAUUCGUUAAAAAAUUGAUGCACUGUACGCUUUAAUUAAAAGUUUUUUUCUCUAUUUUUGGCACGAAUUCCGACGUCGGUCUCGAGUCUUUAUUGGUUCCCUUUCAAAAGAAUAAAUGAAUUCCGCCCACGAAAAUCAAUUCGUUCCGAUUAAAUAGGUGAGACCUAGCAGUUCGUCGAUUUGAUUAAGAAACGGGCCGCCAGUAAAUUUCUAAUGUCAAGGUACGAAGUUAAUUCGCGAUUGCCUUCGUUGUAGAUCGUGGUGUCGCAACGUACCGGUUGACUAAUCCUGAUUCAAGUGACAGCAUAUAGAGAAGCCCUAUGUAUAUCUAUAGGACUAAGUUCGUACUAUGUGGAGCAUAAUAAUUUGCAACCAUACGCCGCACGGUUUUCCGUUUGAAACUAAGGAAAUCCUUUGACGCUUUACGAAACGCGUUAUCCUCGAUUUGGAAUUUUUAAGUAGAAUUUAUUAUCUUUAUUAUCGACGACAGAGCAUGCUUAUUUUACUUCCAUUGAUGCAUGAAUUGUAUCAGGGAAAGCAAAAAUUUAUUCGUAUAAUGUUCGUGCGCUUAUUUGAUUGAAAAUGCUUUUGUGAAUUCACUUCGAAAGAUAAUGGAUUAAAAUAAGGUCUAUAUUCAAACGGAUUGAAAAUUGAUGUAUUAAAUUAAAUCGAUUGAAAUUUCACGAGUUCUUAAUUGAACUGUUGAAUAAUUUUAUUUAGCGUUGCUGUUCGGUUUAACCCUAAUAUUUUAUAUUUAUCUCAAUCUUCCUGCAGUAGAUUAUAAAACGUACUAAUGAAAUAUGAAAUCAUUCCAUUGUAUUGGUCAACUUUGCGACAAUUGUUGAAAUUUAUGUGAUUGUAAUUAUUAAUUUAUAUAUAUUAAUAUUAAUCCUUAUAAUAGGAUUUUGUACAUUUAAAAUAGUGGAAUAAUUUUUUUUCUAAGUAAUUUUUCAUUCACAUUAUGCAGUCAAUAAAUUUCGGAUAUAUAUUACGUAGAAUAUAUUAAGUAGAUAGAUUUACGUCUAUGAACAUUUUGAUUUACGUAACGUGACUUCUUGGUAAUAACAGCAACGAGAAAUUGACGUUUUAUACUUGUAUUUUUUUUCAUAAACCCAUCAAAAUCGAUCGUUUCUUCAAAGUAGGUCUUUAGAUGUCUGCAAUAAAAGUUACAAUGAUCCAGUGCGCUAGUCCAUCUAUGAUGCGUAAUUGUUACCGCUCUGUGUAUUUUUAAUUAAAAUGUAUGUCACA